UUUGAGACCGCUUACCAAAUUGUUCUAGAUGCUGCUACAACUGGCAUGAGCUACUCGCAACUUUUUACUAUAGCACGAUACAUGGAGCACCGUGGUUACCCCAUGCGGGCCUACAAGCUGGCCACUUUGGCCAUAACACAUCUCAACCUGAGUUACAAUCAGGACACACACCCUGCCAUUAAUGAUGUUCUCUGGGCAUGUUCACUUAGCCACUCCCUUGGGAAAAAUGAGCUAGCAGCUGUAAUACCUCUGGUGGUCAAAAGUAUCAAGUGUGCAACAGUACUGUCAGAUAUUUUGCGUAGGUGUACUUUGACCACUCCUGGCAUGGUGGGAUUCCAUGGAAGGAGGAACUCUGGUAAGCUCAUGUCACUGGACAAAGCCCCUUUAAGACAACUCUUGGAUGCCACAAUUGGAGCCUACAUUAAUACAACUCAUUCACGUCUCACUCACAUCAGCCCACGACACUAUAGUGAGUUUAUAGAAUUCCUCAGCAAGGCCCGAGAGACCUUCUUGAUGGCUCAUGAUGGUCACAUCCAGUUUACACAGUUUAUUGAUAAUCUAAAACAAAUCUACAAAGGCAAAAAGAAACUGAUGAUGUUGGUUCGUGAGCGGUUUGGUUGAUGAAAAUGCAUGAAGAGAGGAAGUGGUUUGUUUUUACUUUUGAGCGUUUCUUUGUAUCCUUUUGAACUUAAAGAAACAGAGCCACACUGGUAUUAUAUGUGUAUAGUUAUAUUGAGUUUUAAAACUAAACUGUCAUGUUGUGAAAGUUUGUGUGUUUAAUUUUUUUCCUUUUUUCUGUUUUGUGUGAGAUAAAGGGUAAAAAAAGGUUUGGUUUACACUGAGUAUAUGUUGUCAAGUGGCAAAAGCCCACAUCACUCUCUUGUUCUUUCUGUAUAUGUUCACAGC